GCCUCUCGAUCACUUUACGCUCAAACGCUGCUAUCUGGAUGAAGGAGGAGAAGGCGAGGCGGCAGCACUGAACGAGGGAGAGAACUGCGCACAGAGAGCCCAAGCGAGAGCUGCGGAACGCACAGAAUAAAGCAUGAUAAAGACAGCCUCUGCGCAUGGAUAAAUCCAAGCCCAUUCACCAGCAUUCUACUGCUGCUGAGCCCCCCGACAAAAUGGGACUGUGCCUAAAUUGGAAUGUGGUUAUAUGCGACCAAGGACCGACUUCAUGAACCUUUAUUGGAAAACAACGCAAAAAAAAAAAAAAAACUCCAAGGGCUGAUUUGUUUGCCAGACCAACAUCACCAAACGCUGCGCGUCUUUUUUGUUUAUCUACUCCGAUGAUCAAUUGCCGUUUCCCCUUUGGAGCUCGGGAGACAGCACUCAAAUCUUCAGCUUUGAGUUGGAAAGUUAGGCAGCAAGGCGAUUGUGUGUGGAGCUCAAAUUGGCUCUGCGCCGUUUUCUGCAGCGGAGUCCCGGGAGGAUGAUAUUUAAAGCAUUGCGCUCCGUGGAGGGUUAGACGACACAUCUGGUUGAUAGCCUAGUUUUGAAAAAAAAUCCCAGCAUGCUCUGUCCAGUCAGUCAUGACUUGAAAAUACUAAACGUAUGACUAGAAAUGCUGAGAUUGAUUUUGUAUUGUUUUACUAACAAGCCUAAGAAACUUUAACAAUUGCUCUUGGCAGUAAAGAAACAGAGUGCGAGCGAGGAAAGAUCACGGCCGCCUUUUUUGUGCCAGUUUGCUUAUGUCGCAUUACGUGAUUUGUGAAAUAUUUACAUAAUACAUACUAUAUUUUUGGUACAGCAGAAUUUUAAGCUAUUAUUUAUUCUCGGACACUUCAGGAACGGAAGGGGUAAUGUUUAUCUGGUUUGGCAAGCAAGUCUAAGUUGAUGCAUGACUGAGCGUUCCAUCAACACAGCGCACAGGGCAGUGCAACGGAAAAUUUAAUAGUGCUCAGAUCUCACUGGCGCACCAUCUUAAUCAAACGCCAUCGAUCCGUAUCUUGACGCUCUGCUGGAGUUUAUUUGGACAUCUGGAUGCUAAGAAUAAGUGUAAGGGAAGGAGAGAAGCAAAGGAGAACAAUGUUUUGUCAGCAAGAGAUAUGAAACAUAUAUAUUUUUAUUUAAUAUAUAUAAUAUUUGAAGUUUAGAUAUGCUAUCAUCAAGUCAUAAUUCGCCGAUUUCAUGUUAUUCCUUGUAUAACCAUACUUUUUAAAUCUAUUUAUAAAGACAAGUGAUCUAACAUUAUUACCACUACAUAUUGCAUUUUGAUGAUUAAUAGUUAAUUAAAGAAGGAAAUAAAAAGUUUGCAACGGAAUUCGUGCUCCUGGGAGUAUAACUCGGACUCAGCAUGGCAUCCGUGUUGGACGGUGCUUGUUCUCCAGCCCUGACUAUGACGGGGAGGAACGGCAGCAGUGGCGGCGGCACCUCCUCCCCCACCUGCAACCAGAGCAUGCUCAAGCUGGCCCCUUACUCCCCGGAGGCCACGGCCGCGUUCGCCACGGCCAUCACGCUGAUGGUGCUCUUCACCAUCGUGGGGAACAUCCUGGUGAUCAUCGCGGUGCUCACCAGCCGCUCGCUGCGCGGCCCGCAGAACCUCUUCCUGGUGUCGCUGGCGGCGGCCGACAUCCUGGUGGCCACCCUCAUCAUCCCCUUCUCGCUGGCCAACGAGCUGAUGGGCUACUGGUACUUCCGCACGGUCUGGUGCGAGAUCUACCUGGCGCUGGACGUGCUCUUCUGCACCUCGUCCAUCGUGCACCUGUGCGCCAUCAGCCUGGACCGCUACCUGUCCAUCUCGCGGGCGGUCACCUACGGCGCGCAGCGCACGCCGCGCCGCAUCAAGGCGGCCAUCCUGGUGGUGUGGCUCAUCUCGGCGGUCAUCUCCUUCCCGCCGCUGCUCUCCAUGAACAAGAAGCAGGACGCGGAGGGCGAGGGCCGCGGGCCCCAGUGCCAGCUCAACGACGAGCGCUGGUACAUCCUCUACUCCACCAUCGGCUCCUUCUUCGCGCCCUGCCUCAUCAUGAUCCUGGUCUACAUGCGCAUCUACCAGAUCGCCAAGCAGCGCACGCGCUGCCCGCCGGGAGAGCCGCGCAAGGAGGGCGGCGCCGGCAAGGGCUCCUCGUCGUCGGCCGCGCCCACGCCGCAGCUCAAGACCCACGGGCAGCACCAGCACCAGCACCAGCCCAACGGCAGGGGCAGCGGAGACGCGGGCACCCCCGGCGUCCCCCACAAGCUGGUGGCCAACGCCACGCCGCGGCCGCACCACCUGGCCGUGCCGCCCCACACGCCCUCCACGCGCGUGGGCAAGCGGCAGCAGCAGGAGGCGGGCACCCCGUCGGGCAACAACCUGCUCCAGGCGCCCUCGCCUUCCCCGGCCCCGACCCCGACCACCCCCUCCACCCCCCUGGGGCCGACGCCGGCCAACUCCCCCUCCAUAUCCUCCACCGACCAGCAGCUGCCGGACAGCACUGCCCCGGCCAAGCCCGGCAAGGAGUCUUUGGUGGCACCGCCGCCGGCAGUGGACGAGAAGAAGUCCAAGCGGCAGGACAAGAGGGCCGACAACAACAACGGCGACACCUCCAGCUCGGACUCGGACACCGACCAGGGCGGCGCGGGCAGCGGUGGCAGCGGCCGAGACGGCGGCCCGGAGCCCACGCCCAGCAUGGCGGGCACGCCCAGCCCGGGCAUCCACUCGCCCGCCACCAUCCAGAAGUACCGGGACAUGAUCGCCACGGCCAAGGGCGCCAAGCUGGUCACCCGCCGGUCCAAGCAGGAGGGCACGCCCAACUCGGCGCGCCGCAAGGCCAUGGUCAACCGCGAGAAGCGCUUCACCUUCGUGCUGGCCGUGGUCAUCGGCGUCUUCGUGGUCUGCUGGUUCCCCUUCUUCUUCUCGUACAGCCUGCAGGCCAUCUGCCCCGACACCUGCACCCUGCCCGACCCCCUCUUCAAGUUCUUCUUCUGGAUCGGCUACUGCAACAGCUGCCUCAACCCGGUCAUCUACACCAUCUUCAACAAGGACUUCCGUCGGGCCUUCAAGAAGAUCUUGUGCAAGAACACCAAGGGCACCUUCUUCUGAAGGCA